AAAGCAGUAGCAAUGGGUGAUUUGGUGUGCACAAGUGCGAGCGAAGAAGGUGAGAAACACGAUGAGUUCUUCGAACCUCAAAGAUCUUCAACGCGAAUUGGAGAACAAAGCCAAUGAUCUCAGCAAGCUUCAAAAGGAAAUUGCGAAGAACCAUCAAAUGAGAAAGAAGUACACGGUCCAGCUUGGCGAGAACGAGCUCGUCCUUAAGGAACUGGAUUUAUUGAAAGAAGACGCGAACGUUUAUAAGUUGAUUGGGCCAGUACUUGUUAAGCAAGAUUUGGCUGAGGCCAAUGCAAAUGUCCGCAAGAGAAUUGAAUACAUCUCUGCAGAAUUGAAGCGUCUUGAUGCCACGGUUCAAGAUUUGGAAGAGAAACAGAAUAGCAAGAAAGAUACGAUAUUAAAAUUGCAACAAAGGAUUCAAUCUCUUCAGACUGGGAAAGGCAAGGCAUAGUUUUCCCUCGCAUAUAGUUUCAGUAUUGUAUUUUGAGUGUGCUAAUGUUGGAUGAGCUUUUUGUGCCUCUUUGUUUUGGACUCUUAGAGAUGUGUUCCCGGAAAGAGUUUGGAGAUUAGACUGAUAUUAUAGUUGGUGUUGGUGCUAUUGGCUCAUUUUCUGUGUGUAGUUGGAAGGAAAUGAAAGAGAUGGGGAGGGAAAGUAAUUUAUAAUUCUUGAAUUAUGCCAACUGAAUUGCAUUGAAGUUUAUCCCUUCUCUUGCUAACCAAAAAAUGGUCUUCCUUUUUUCUUCCUCCCCUCUGUAAAUCAAAUACAUCGUAACUCUCCUUCUCUGAGCCUAGUUGAAGUCGAAACAAUUUCCCUCCUAGAAAGUUAUCGAUCAACAAAAACCAUAUUAAUUCAGAUUGCGUUUAUCAUUAUUAUUUUUA